GCUAAAAAUGUUGUUUCCAGUAAAUGAUCUCUAAUGUAUUUCUCAGGGCAAAAUCUAAUCUUUCAUCUAAAUGUCAGGUAUUGAUUGGAACUGUGAGGAACAUGCACAUUCACAAACAGUUUCAAACGUAAACAUGACAAUCAAAUUCAACCGUCAAAAUAUAACUUGGGGUUUAGUGUUGAUACGUAAAUAUUAUUGAAUCUACACAUGUUUAUUCGUUUUCAUUCACGUGCUAGGUGAGUUGAUGUGACACGUUUUCGUAAACUUAUUUGGAAAAUAAUUGAGUGUCAGAAUGUAAAAUUUUACUGGAAUGGAUACCUCGCAUUCUGGAACUGGAAGUUCUCCAAGAACGAAUGGAAACAGACAUACAGUCGAAAUAGAGACCGAUAUGAACAGCAAAAACCUUAUAUUGAAAUCGAAAAUGGAUUCCAACACCUUCCAGUCUGUCAUGGACUUGCCACUCAGAAUUGCUCAAUGUUUCGGAUUCUUUCCCACUAAUAUUGUCAGGCAAACACGUAGAUCGAUGAAAAUUAGAUGGUUCCAUUGGCAAACUAUCUAUUCAUUUUUGACAUUCAUGAUACUAACUGAAGAAACUAUCAAGGCUUUUUACGUAGAACUGCCAAGAAGACACAACAUAUUCACCAUAGAUGUUCUGAUAUUUCAUUCGAACUCAGUAAUCCAGUUUAUAUUGCUGUUCAAGUUGAGUCUGGAUUGGCCGUCUUAUGUAAAAGAAUGGCACAAAAUUGAAAGGAAAUGUUGGACCACAGUUGAUAGCUGCAGUAACCUCAAGAGAAAAAUAAACUCCAUUGUUUUGUCAAUAUUGAUCAUCGCUACAGUUGAACAUUUUUUGAUCGCUGCAUAUAUCUUGAAAACAAGCAUGGAGAGGUCUUCUACGGUAGCAGAAGGAUUCAAAACAUAUUUCCUUAGAAGUUACCGCUCAGCAUUCACUUCCAUGGAUUACUCUUUAUGGAAAGGAGUUAUUCUAGAGUUCAUCAAUCUCCAAAUGGCUUUCAUUUGGAAUUACAUAGAUAUAUUCAUCAUGGUGAUUGGUGCGACUCUGAAAUACAGAAUGCGACAAGUUACACAUAGAGUUGAAAUGUUGGCGAAAUCAAAGGUGAACCAAAAACAUGCUUGGAAAGUCUUGAGGAAUGAUUAUCUGCAGGUAGUUUCCCUGUGCUGCUCAACCAACAAAAGAAUAUCCCCAAUGAUCAUAACAAGCUUCACGAUAAACUUGUAUUUCAUACUCAAACAGAUUUUCAGAAAUUUGAUAAAAAUGGACAGUACAUUGGAAAGAACAUAUUUUCACAUGUCAUUCGGCCUUUUAAUCAUUAGGAUAUUUUGUGUCAUAAUAUAUGGUAGCGGUGUACACGAUGAAUGGAUGGAUAUACGUCAGAUUAUCCAUAAUGUAUCUACAUCGGCAUUCAACAUUGAGGUGGAGAGAUUUAUAAGUAAUAUUUCAUCGUAUGAAUUGGUGCUAUCGGGGAAAAAUUUCUUUGGCAUACGAAGGGGUCUAAUUCUACAGAUUGCCGGGACUAUAGUGACUUAUGAAUUGGUGUUGAUCCAGUUCAACAUGGGAAUAUUAAAACAAUCAAAUAUUGGACCAUGAAUGAAUUAAAUAUUUUUUUUA